AUGAGCCAUCGGAACCUCCACUUGGCCGAGCAGGACAAGGUAAGUCAAGACAGCGACAGUGAUCCCUGUCAGCUGACGGAGGCGGGUGAAGUGGAAAGGGAAAAGAAGAACACUUACGAUAAAUGUAUCCCUUUCCUAAAAGGGAAAUUCCGUGAGACCUUCGGAGAGAGAGAGUUCACCGUGAGAGGCCUCUGGUUUGGGUCUCGCGAAACUAUCCCAAAAAGAACAAGGAGCUUCCUUGAGGAACUAGGUGUCGACAUUAAGGACGCAGCGAGGAUGGCUGAAAAUAUAGUCCUCGACUCCCUGGGAAUCAUCCACCACCACGUGCAUGGCUAG